ACCAUGUCCACCCGGCGCCUCCGCAGCGAGGACUACAACGACUACAGCUCCACGGACGUCACACCGGAGGGGAGCCCGCCCGACGGCAUGAACGGCUUCACCCGCCCCGAGUCCUACCAGCGCUUUGGGGAGUCCAAUGGGACAACGUGGUACCAGACCCUGAUCCACCUCCUGAAGGGGAAUAUCGGCACAGGGCUGCUGGGGCUGCCUCUGGCUGUGAAGAAUGCUGGCAUCCUGCUGGGUCCUCUGAGCCUGCUGGUGAUGGGAGUCGUGGCUGUGCACUGCAUGGGCAUCCUGGUGAAAUGCGCCCAUCACUUCUGCUACAGGUUCCAGAAGCAGUUUGUGGACUAUGGGGGUGCCGUGGUGUACGGGCUGGAGUCGACUCCCAGUGCGUGGCUGCGGACACAUGCUGUCUGGGGAAGGCGUGUAGUGGGACUCUUCCUGAUAGUCACUCAGCUGGGUUUCUGCUGUGUGUACUUUGUCUUUCUGGCUGACAAUCUAAGACAGGUCAUAUCUGCAGCAAACGGGACCACCAAUGACUGCAACGCGAACAGGACGGUAACGAUGACCCCCACCAUGGACUCUCGGCUAUACAUGGUUUCCCUGCUGCCUUUUGUGGUGCUGCUCACGUUCAUCCAGAAUCUCAAGGUCCUGUCUGUCUUCUCCAUGCUGGCCAACGUGGCCAUGCUCGGCAGCCUUGUCGUGAUCUACCAGUACAUCGUCAGGGUGCUGCCUCUGGAAAACAAGAUGAAAAACCCCCGGCAGUUCCCAGUCAUCCUCUACGUGGGGAUGACGAUUGUCACCGUCUUGUACAUCAGCCUGAGCGUCCUGGGGUACCUGCGUUUUGGGGCAGACAUUCAGGCCAGCAUAACGCUCAACCUGCCCAACUGCUGGCUGUACCAAGCUGUCAAGCUGCUCUUCUCCUUUGGGAUUUUCAUCACGUACGCCGUGCAGUUCUACGUGCCCGCCGAGAUCAUCAUCCCUCCCCUUGUUGCCCGGGUUUCGGAGCGCUGGGGCUGGCUGGUCAACCUGCUCCUCAGGGUGGCCCUGGUCAGCGUCACCUGCGUGCUGGCCAUCCUCAUCCCGCGCCUGGACAUCGUCAUCUCGCUGGUGGGCUCCGUCAGCAGCAGCGCCCUGGCUCUCAUCUUCCCCCCGCUGCUGGAGAUUGCCACCUACUACGCCGAAGGCAUGCACCCCCUCCUCAUUGCCAAGGACGUGGCCAUCAGCCUCUUCGGCUUCGUGGGUUUCGUGGUGGGGACGUACGAGGCGCU